AUGAGUCUUCCUAUCAGCGGUGACGUUGGGGCACAGGAAAUCGACAUAACAAACGAAACUUCGUCGCAACACCAUUCAGAGGCACCGUAUAUUCACAAAGUGGGCAUCCCUCCAAAGCAGAACCUUCUGCAGGAAAUCACAGCCACAGUAAAGGAGACUCUCUUUGCAGAUGACCUGUUUCGUCAGUUUAAAGAUCAACCACGGUCAAGGAAGUUCAUUAUCGGCAUCCAGAGUGUUUUUCCCAUUCUUGAAUGGGGAAGGCACUACAACCUGACUAAGUUUAGGGGCGAUCUGAUUGCCGGACUUACCGUAGCAAGCCUUUGCAUUCCCCAGGGUAUUGCGUAUGCAAAAGUUGCAAAUUUGGAUCCACAAUAUGGACUAUAUAGCAGCUCUGUUCCCCCUCUUAUAUAUGCCUUCAUGGGAAGCUCAAGAGAUAUGGCCAUAGGGCCAGUAGCUGUUGUUUCUCUCUUGCUUGGGGCUCUUCUUGGGGAAGAGAUUGAUCCGGAUAUUCAUCCCCUUGACUACAGACGCCUGGCAUUCACAGCUACAUUCUUUGCUGGCAUCACUGAAGUUGUGCUCGGGUUCUUCAGAUUGGGUUUCUUGAUCGAUUUCCUAUCACAUGCUGCGGUUGUUGGCUUUAUGGCCGGUGCUGCCAUCACCAUUAGUCUUCAACAGUUCAAGGGUCUACUGGGCAUAACAAAAUUCACAAAGAAGACCGACAUUGUGUCUGUGAUGCGAUCAGUUUGGAGUACGGUGAAUCAUGGGUGGAAUUGGCAGACGAUAGUGAUUGCAGUGACAUUCUUGGCCUUCCUUCUGCUUGCCAAAUACAUAGGCAAGAAGAACAGGAAACUAUUUUGGGUGCCUGCAAUUGCCCCGUUGAUCUCCAUUAUCCUGUCCACUUUUUUGGUGUAUAUUACUCGCGCAGACAAGCAUGAUGUUGCAAUCGUGGGUAAAGUAAAAAAGGGAGUGAAUCCAUCUUCUGUGAACGAAAUCUUUUUCACUGGCACUUAUCUUGCCAAGGGCUUUGAGAUUGGCGUAGUUGCAGGCCUGGUUGCUUUGGCGGAAGCCAUUGCCAUUGGACGGACGUUUGCCACCAAGAACAACUACCAAUUAGAUGGAAAUAAGGAAAUGAUAGCACAAGGAACGAUGAAUGUGGUGGGUUCGAUGACAUCCUGUUUCAUCACUACGGGAUCUUUCUCUCGUUCUGCUGUUAAUUGCAUGACUGGUUGCCAAACAACAGUUUCUAACAUGGUCAUGUCCUGUGUGGUGUUGUUAACCCUGGAACUCAUCACACCAUUAUUCAAGUAUACUCCAAAUGCAAUUCUCGCAUCAAUUGUUAUAUCCGCGACGGUUGGCCUAAUUGACAUUGAGGCGAUACUACUGUUCUGGAAAAUUGACAAGUUCGAUUUUGCUACUUGCACGGGAGCCUGCUUAGGGGUGGUUUUCGUCUCUGUUGAGAUAGGCCUCUUAAUUGCGGUUUCAAUUUCAUUUGCCAAAAUACUCUUACAAGUAACAAGACCUCGGACAUCCAUUCUUGGUAAGCUACCAAGGACGACAAAUUACGGGGAUAUAUUGCAAUACCCAGAAGCAAAAAAGGUUCCAGGAGUUCUGAUUGUCAGAGUUGAUUCAGCCAUCUAUUUUUCGAAUUCAAACUAUAUUCGUGAAAGAAUAUGGAGAUGGCUUGGCGAUGAAGAGGAAUAUCUAAAGGAGAAUCACCAACCAAGAAUCCAGUACUUGAUUCUGGAAAUGUCUCCCGUUACAAACAUUGAUACUAGUGGCAUACAGGCUUUAGAAGAGUUGCACAAAAGCCUCCAAAAGGGGAAUAUUCAACUUGUUCUUGCAAAUCCAGGGCCUGUGGUGAUUCACAAGCUCCAUGCGUCCAAGUUCACCGACUUGAUUGGAGAGGAUAAGAUCUUCGUUACCGUAUCGGACGCUAUCGUGACUUACAAGAUCGGAGAAGCCUAAUUGUCUCAUUUUGCGCUCCAUAAUUUCCAUAAUUGUCUUUAUUGAGACUUCUACUGGUCUUGAAAUGGUGUAUAUACCCAUAAUGCCGGUUGAAGGUCAAGAUUGAAGUUUGUGUUUAUGAGUUUGGAAAGAAAUAAGAGCCAGUUGUGAACU